AUGCUGGUGCCGGCGCCCUAUAAGGCGUCGGAGAGGAAGGCCAAGAAGAAGGCCAAGGGGGCCAAAGGUGUCCCCCGUCGUAAGGGUACUUCGGACGUAACGUCCGAAGACGAAGAGACCCGUUCCUCCGUCCCUGAGGACGACAAGGAGGAGGAGGAGGAGAUCCCUCCCCGUGAUGAGGGGAGGGAGAAGAGGGCGGCCUCCACGAAUCUGGAGAUGGGGACGACCAAGAAGAGGAAAGGCUCCCUUGCGGAUAACUCCGUAAGGGACGUCGACAGUAGUCCGGAGCGCCGCUCCCGCGCCAAGCCUCAGGCCGCGUCUUGUGUUAUUUCAGUCCAGCUCGCGACAACUUCCAGCGACCCUCGUCAGGAGGCGUCGCUGCUGUCUGCGGCCUCACAUGUUGCCGAAGUCUCCAAGCUGAAGGAGAGACUAGAGAAGGCCGAGGAGGAGCUCGGCCAGGUGAAGAGGCAGCUCCAGGAGAAUCAAGCGGACAAGGCGGAGGCGGAUCUUGAGGAGCGCGUUGCUGAGACGCAGGUCUGGUUCCGCGAGGCUCACGAAGAACCGAGGGCUGCCCAGGGCGAGCUGGUUGAGCGCAAACAGGAGCUCAUCCUGAAGCAGACUGACGUCAAGAAGGCCCAGGAGGUGGCGAAGGAACAGGCCACCAAGGACAAGGCCGCUUGGCAACAGCACCAGGCCCUGCUGAACUCCCAGGAGGAGGAGCUUGCCGCCCGUGAGGAGGCGCUCGCCGCCACAUUCCGUGGCAAGGAUGAGGAGGAGCUGGAGCUGGAGCGGGAGGAGCUGAAGAAGAGGGUCUCAGCACUGACGGCGGAGAGGGAUGCGGCCAACCGCACUCUGGCGGACGUGCAGGUCGCCAUCUCCGACCAGGCCAAGCUACUCUCCGAGGCCAGCGACUCCAUCAACGAUCUAAAGUUGAAGCUGGACGGCUUGGAGGGGAAGCUUUCGGAGGCCGGGGCCCAUGAGGAGACCCUGAACAAAGUCCUGGAGGACGAGAAGCAGCUGCGGAGGAAUCACGCCGCCGAGCACGAGGAGUUCGCGAAGGGCAUAAACCUCUAG